CGAAAAACACAAUACCAGGAACAAUGAACGCCGAAACACCUAAUACUGAAUCAAACGAGAAUCAAGAUGGAAAUGGAAUAGUGAUGAUUCAAGAAGAAGAUGUAGCAGAAAUCAUUGAAUUAAAUCAAAAUGAAAUCAAUCACUCCGAUGAAGAGAUGGAAACCAAUUCAAAUCAAAAUGAUAAUGAUGAUAAUGAAGAUGAUGAUCAAGAAAUGGAAACGAACGAAACAGAAUCAGAGCCGAUACCAGGAAAUUUUAUUGGUAGAUUUAUAAAUCAUACAAGUCCAAUUUUUCAUAUAGCUACUCAUCCUAAAUUACACAAUAUUUGUGCAAGUGGUGGUGGUGAUGAUUUAGGUUAUAUUUGGGAUUCAGAAAAUGGAAAUCUAAUUGAAACUUUAAAUGGUCAUUUAGAAAGUGUUUCGAUUUUAAAAUUUUCGGAAAAUGGUCAUUAUCUUGCUAGUGCUUCUGUAGAUGGUAAUAUUAAAAUUUGGCAAAGUCAAGAUUUAGUUAACUAUAAUCGUUGGUCAUUUUUGAUUGAUUUGGAAGGUAGUGAGGAAGUCACAUGGAUUUCUUGGCAUCCAAAGGGAAGUGUUCUCUUAGCUGGCUUUGCUGAUGGACUAAGUACAAUGUGGAGUAUACCUUCCGGCGAGACAAUGCAAGUCUUUAACGGUCACAACAGCAUGGCUACGUGCGGGCAGUUUACACCUGAUGGCAAGACAAUAGCGGUUGCAUCCGAAGAAUCUCGCUUGAUCAUCUUCGAUCCUACCACCGGCUCUGCAAUUCAAAGAAUCAGUCUCAGGGAGACAAAGAACCGAUUCAGAACGCCCGAUGGUAGCUACGGAAUCAAUUCACUUGCGAUCAACCCAGCCAGCACACUUUGCGUUCUAGGUGGAAUCUCAAAUGGAGGUGUUCGAAUUGUAAACAUUCGAACUGGGUUGAUCAUCGCUGCCCUUGACAACAACCAUGAAGGAGAUGCUACAAUAGAGGUAGCUUGGUAUGAGCCUAAAAAACUUGGAGAUGGUGUUCCAUUGAUUAUCAGUACUGGUACAGACGGUCGAAUAUGUCUCUAUGAUGCUGUAAGCUAUAGACUGAGAGCAACCAUGAAACAUCCAGAAGCUAUCACGACCAUGGUCCUACACAUUGAAACUGGUCGAUUAACCACUGGAUCAAUUGAUAAGACAUUGAUCAGUUGGGAUUUGAGAACCGGAAAUGAAGUCCAAAGACAUCAUGGCCAUCAUGAUAUGAUUCAUCAUGUUAAUCUUACAUGUGAUGAGAAAAGAUUGAUUUCUGCUAGUGAAGACGGGACGGCUUGUGUAUUU